UUUCUGCUAAUUUAUUAACGAAACGAAAACAAAUAUAAUGGGAAACCAAGACGAACUCAGUACCGGAGCCAAGCAGAAGUUUGUAGAGGCGGCUGCACGUGCCAAAAAUCCACUCGACACAUUGCCAUACGAGAAGUACACGGCUCCGUCCGGCGAAGAGUUUAAAUUGAUAUGCCGCACAAAGAGCGAUGCCGAUGCGAAAACAAUAAAAUGGGCCUUUAAGCUGGCAGAAACAAACGUGGGGCCCUACUACAAACAAUUGAAAAUGGGCUGGCAGCCCAAAAUAAAGGCGGCGGAGCACAACAAGAACUGGGCCCGCUAUCUGGUGGCUCAAAACGACAAGAAAGAGAAUGUGGCCUAUUGCAUGUUUCGCUUUGACAUGGAAAACUACGACUGUAUACUCUAUUGCUAUGAAAUGCAUGUUGCGGCCAGCUCUCAACGCAAAGGCCUGGGACGGUUUAUGAUGCAAGCGCUGGAGGAUUGUGCCCGCCACUGGAAUCUCGAGAAGGUCAUGAUUACAGUGCUAAACAACAAUGAGAAUUCCAUAUCGUUCUACAAGAAGCUCGGCUACACCAAGGACGAAACAUCGCCGGAUGUUACAGAAGAGGCCGAAUACCAGAUCUUUAGCAAGUCCACAUUGGGCUGAAUAUUUAUUGGAUUACCAGAGAGAAUACAUGCAAGAAAGAUUAAUUAUUUCAACAAA